AUGACGUAAUCUCUCCCAGGACCUGACAGCUCUCUGUUGCGGUAACAGACAGACACACUCAGAGAGACAGAGAGAGAGCUAUAGAGCUAGUUAUCUACCAUAAUCUACCCUGUUUACUCACUCUAGCUUUACGGCUUGUAUACCAAUAGUCUAAUUUAACAAUACAACCCGUAAAAACAGGUUAUUUAGUGUUUAUUCCUGACUAACAGCUGGCUGAUGUUAGUGAGCUGUUUCCUGGUUGGAGUCGGACGCCAUUUUGGGUCUUUUACCGAGAAACAAGCAGCCGGUCGCGCUUCAGGAGCAGAGCUAGCUAGCAGACACAGCUCCAGUUUAACUACGACUACAGCUAUAAACACCGCGGUUCAUCUGCAGUAACAAAGGAGACGGUUUGACGAGACUAUACACUAAACAACGAGUCAACAAUGAAUCCCGAAUAUGACUAUUUAUUCAAGCUGCUCCUGAUUGGUGACUCUGGUGUUGGAAAGUCUUGCCUUCUUCUCCGAUUUGCAGAUGACACAUACACAGAAAGUUACAUUAGCACUAUUGGUGUGGACUUCAAAAUACGAACCAUAGAACUAGAUGGAAAGACCAUUAAACUUCAGAUUUGGGACACGGCGGGUCAGGAGAGGUUUCGUACAAUCACAUCCAGCUACUACAGAGGUGCUCAUGGUAUCAUUGUAGUGUACGAUGUCACAGACCAGGAGUCCUUCAACAAUGUCAAACAGUGGCUACAGGAGAUCGACCGCUAUGCCAGUGAAAAUGUCAACAAGCUAUUGGUUGGGAACAAGUGUGACCUUACGACAAAGAAGGUGGUGGAUUACACAACAGCGAAGGAGUUUGCAGACUCUCUGGGCAUCCCCUUUUUGGAAACCAGCGCCAAGAACGCCACCAAUGUGGAGCAGGCCUUCAUGACCAUGGCUGCUGAAAUCAAGAAGAGGAUGGGUCCCGGGGCCACAGCCGGAGGAGGGGAGAAGCCCAACGUGAAGCUGACCCCCGGCACUACUGUCAAGCCUUCAUCAGGAGGAUGCUGCUGAGAGAUAAAACCACUUCCACUUUACCCCCCUUCUCUCCUCCCCUUGCCCUCUUACUCUGCAGGCCUGUCAGCCUGGCCGCCAUCCCCCCCUCAAACUCCACUCUGUCCCAGCAAAGCCCCGCCACAAGUAGACAGGACAGGGAAGACAUGGUUCACAUGUCCGUGUGAGAACAAGAUGAAGUUGCCUGUAUUUGUACUGUACAUAGUAUAGCCGCACUACCAAAAACAAAUAAAGCAUCCCUCUUGUCAUACUGUCCUGUUAUUGAUGACUAAUUCUACAGAUAGGUGAUCAUUCGACCCGGCCCCAACUCCCCCAUCACCCCCCCGAUCUCAGACCUCUCAGAGACUACUCUUUUAUUUGGCCCUCUGAAUGCAGGUUCGUGAGAACAGUGUGUGUCUGUGUGUGUGUGUGUUUGAAUGAGAAUGUGUCUCUCUGCAUUCCUACAGCGGGGUUGGUAAAUGAAGCAGUUUCUGUCUGUAUGGACCUUUUUUCUUUUUCUGUUGUUUCUCUUUUUUCCUUCAGUGAUUAUUUUUGCUGUUUGUAUCAGCAUGUGUCUGUCAGUCUGUCCCCCAUUUGAAGGCGUUUUUUAUUUUUCUCACCAACCUCUGCACAGCAGUGUCUCACUGUCUAGCAUCUAAAGUCUAGUGCAACCAUAUAUGUACAGCUAUAUAUAUAUAUAUAUAUAUAUAUAUACUCUCUAUAUAUAUAUAUAUAUACAUAUAUAUAUAUAUAUCCGACCGAUUUGCCAGUUCUGUAGUGUUCAAUACGUCAUUGGCCUAGUCUUGACUCUUUAUCUCUGCAUUACAUUUGUGGCUGAAGACAACUGUAAGUUUGUUGCUCAACAUGUAACACUUGAACUGAAAAAUAAAUAUUGUACUACCAGACUGUAUGAAAUGGGAGGACCUGUCUUCGAUUCUUGGUGAGAUGUGUAGAAAACCUGUUUGAAUUAUUUAUUCUACAUUCAUUUGGCAUAUCUACUGCCAGUUACAUAGGGUCUGUUUGCAAACUGCUGUGUAAUCUCAGUACAGAAUUGCAUAUAUAAAAUACAAUGUUCUCUUGUUUUCAUAAUAAAGGCGACUGAAUUCAGUUUGAAAGGAA